CACCACUGCACGGCCCCCGUUGGUAGCGACAACCUUCAUUCGCCCGUCCACUCCAGCGGGACCAAAACUCAGAGAUCGUUUCCAACGUCAAAGAACAUCUCGGAAUCAGCUUCUGGAUCAAUCAAUCAACCAACAAGAUCUGCGAGAAACCUAAACCAAUAUACGAAACCACAGCGAAGAACAGAGACAGCCAACAUGUCCGAGGCCUACGAGCGCGAGCGCCAGAACAACAACCGGCUCGAUGAGCUGUCGGCCAAGGUCUCCGCCCUACGCGGCGUGACCAUCGACAUCUAUGACAACGCGAGAGCGCAGGAUGUCAUUGACAACACCUCUGAGACCUUCUCCAACAUGCGCACCUCCCUCACUGGCUCCGCAGGCCGUCUAGGCCGCAUGGCCGCCGCCGGAAACAAGGUCGCCGUCAUAAAGCUGGCGGCGAUCCUGGUCGGCUGCGUCCUGUUCCUCUACUAUGCGUGGAAGCUUUUCUUCUGAAAUGAGCGAGCGAACGAGAACACCGAUACCCGGCGAUCGAAGCAUGAGUUCGAAGUCGACCUUGUCACCCUACGCGGCAGAGAGAUGAAUACUAAGAUACACUGUGGACGAUGGAAGAUAUGGCUGGCAAGGCGAUCUUCAGGCGAGGCUGCGCCAUGCCGUGAUGAAUGAUCUAUGUAACACAUAUGAGCUAAUCAUGGGAAGAAAAUGAUAUGCGAGGCUCCAAGAGAGAUAGGCGAAGGAAUCUUCGACGGCCGAGCGAGGUCUACCUUUGCUAGGGCUUGCAACACGCUUUGACGAGUAUUCGCCCGCCCGAGCCAACGGGAACCUUCAAAUUUUCUUGGACUGGGCGAGGACAGGCAUAGCAAUGGCGUUCAAAUGGUUGUCCGAAUUCGAGGGGAAUUGUGUGUAUGUUACUUGCACGGUCGCAAGAGAGGGUCAUGCUGAAGGUGGAAAUCGACAUUUAUUUGCGCGCUUCAUCUAUACAUGCGUU